AUGUAUUCUCAGCACGGUGCUUCCAUGGCACCGCCGCAGAAACCCGAAACUUUUAUGCUUUCCAAUGAAGCUCAACAGAGUCUUCCGCACGAUGCACAGGUUGCGCUCCAACAGGUUGACAAUUUGAAAUAUUUCUUAAUCUCUGCACCCGUUGACUGGGCACCCGAUCAGCUCAUUAGACGGUUCCUUCUCCCCACUGGCGACUAUGUCUCCUGUGUGCUAUGGUAUGUGCAACUAGACCCUUGCAAUCGACCCAUUUCUAAUCUGGCGCAGGAACAAUCUCUUCCACAUCUCAGGGACCGAUAUCGUGCGAUGCCUUUCCUUUCGUUUCCCAGGCGUUUGGUCGACCCAGUCAAGAAUACGAAGAAGUUCGAAGAAGGCAUCUUCUCGGAUCUCAGAAAUCUGAAAGCAGGCACAGAUGCCUCGCUCGAGGAGCCCAAGAGCCCCUUCCUCGACUUCCUCUACAAGAAUAAUUGCAUUCGCACACAGAAGAAGCAAAAGGUCUUCUACUGGUAUAGCGUGCCCCACGACCGAUUGUUCCUUGAUGCGCUGGAGCGCGACCUCAAAAGGGAGAAGAUGGGUCAAGAAGCCACCACUGUUGCCCUGAACGAGCCGGCUUUGUCGUUCCAGUUCGAUUCAUCGCAGUCUCUGUACGAGCAACUGACGAAGGCGCAACAAGCAAAUUCGUCUUCCUUUUCCGCGCACGCUAGCGCUGCGUAUCAUCCCGCUUCUUCCAUGAUUCGAACAACCGAUUCCAUGCCUCCCCCGCAACUUCCUCCAGCGAUGCCUAUCGUACCUGAAGAACCACAAGAUCAAGGUAUCUAUAAUUCAGUAGGCCUUACCAGUGCAUCUGCUACCAUGGGAACUGGCGGUGUCAAAGCUGAACAAGACUAUGGUCAGGUUCAGUACGAUCGUAGCGGCGUUCCUAUCUCGAGAAUCCACCAGCGCCACACCUCGAUGCCCACCUACAUGGAAUACUCCCCUGCGCCGUCCUUUGUCUCGUCCCAUUACGAUGAAUACGGCCCGCGCGGCAUCAGUUUUGAGCCAAUUACUCCUCCUCAACAUACUGUCCAAUUGGGCUCAGAGCCUGCUUAUAUCGCAAAUGAGGACACCGGUUUGUAUACAGCCAUUCCUGAUCUUGGCACCACCGCUGCAUUCAACGCUAUGAUGCAAUUGCCUCCUUCCAACUUCGCUGCUCCUCAGUUCUCUACUGCGUCGCGCACAUUCCCAUCCACCAACGUUUAUUCAGUCAUUGAAGGGUCUCCAACCUAUAAACAGCGAAGAAGGCGGUCCUCAAUUCCGCCAGGAAUCACCAACGCCCUUGCGUCCGUUACUGGAAACGGGCAGGCUCACUCGAACCCCCAUGCGGCGCAUCGGCCUAGUGACCUGCACCAUUCUAUCUCGGUCACAGAAGGAGACGAAUCGAAUCAAGACUCGCCGCCCGGUCUUACUCAUGGCUAUAAGGCGGAUGAAAGCAACAAAAUAAGCUCACAUGAAAACUCAAGAUUGGGCACCCCACUGCCCACUUUGGACGAAACCCAUGCCGACGACCAUUUGUCUUUGAUCAACUCCCAAAGCGAGAUGCCGAUGUUGACUAGCGGCGACGCUCUUGAGAGCUCAUGUUCAAACGGCCGAUCAAACGCCCCUGGGCCGGUUCGACGGGCUAGAAGUGCAACUAUGAUGGAAAUGGGCCCUUAUCCUCAGAAAUCUCAUUCGUGCCCGAUUCCAUCAUGCGGACGGCUGUUCAAGCGCUUAGAGCAUUUAAAAAGGCAUGUGAGGACUCAUACUCAGGAGCGGCCCUACCCAUGCCCCUACUGUAACAGAGCGUUUUCGCGGUCAGACAAUCUUGCACAGCACCGUGGAACCCACGGCGCUCAAGCCGGCCAACAGCCGCCAGCGAACUCCAACAAGGAGGAGCAUGAACAGUAG